CAAAUGUCACAUUGACAAACGUGAAAAUGCCAGGUGCCGUAUCGGAGUUUAUUGAUGAUAUUGAGGAUUUAAUAUCUUCACAGGAUAUCACACCAAAAGAAAGAUACGCCAGUAGGAAAAGUGUAAGCGUCCGGUCAAAAAAGAAAGAAAAAAAGGAGACGGAAUGUGUUGAGAAGGUUAUUUUGGAGAGUGUUGUACCAGGAACUCAAACAAUUUACGUGAAAACAUGGGGCUGUGCACACAACAACUCGGAUUCAGAGUAUAUGGCAGGUCUACUGGCUGCACAUGGCUACAAACUGACAGAAGACAAGUUUUCUGCACAGCUGUGGCUGCUGAACUCUUGUACUGUGAAGAGCCCUGCUGAAGACCAUUUUAAGAAUGAGAUUGAACUGGCUCAGAGGCGCGGUAUCCACUUGGUGUUAGCCGGAUGUGUGCCGCAGGGAGCCCCACGCUCGGGAUAUCUUGCGGGACUCAGCGUGGUCGGAGUACACCAGAUUGAUAGAAUCGUUGAGAUCGUUGAGGAAACAUUGAAAGGUCACACAGUGCGUCUUUUUGGUCAAAAGAAAACGGAGGAGGGUCGGAAGGCGGGCGGGGCUUCUUUGUUGCUCCCGAAAGUGAGGAAAAAUCCCCUCAUAGAGAUCAUACCGAUAAAUACAGGGUGUUUGAACCAGUGUACAUACUGUAAAACGAAACACGCGAGGGGCGAGCUGGGGAGUUAUCCCCCGGAGGAAAUAGUCGAGAGGGCGACACAGUCCUUCAAGGAGGGAGUGUGCGAAAUAUGGCUGACUAGCGAAGACACCGGAACAUACGGUCGGGACAUAGGCACGUCCCUCCCAUACCUCCUCAAACAGCUGGUGGCCGUUAUUCCUGAGGGCUGUCGUCUUCGCCUGGGCAUGACGAACCCUCCCUACAUCCUGGAGCACCUGGCCGAGGUCGCCGAGAUCAUGCACCAUCCCAGGGUAUAUAAGUUCCUCCACGUGCCGGUUCAGUCCGGGAGUGACCAGGUGUUGGCCGACAUGAAGAGGGAGUACUCCAGGAAGGACUUCGAGAGGGUCGUGGACUACCUCGCAGAGAGGGUCCCCGGGAUCACGAUAGCCACGGACAUCAUCUGCGGGUUCCCGACGGAGACGGACGCGGACUUCGAGGAUACCAUGCAGCUCUGUAUGAAGUAUCGCUUCUCAUCGCUCUUCAUCAACCAGUUCUUCCCUCGCCCGGGCACGCCGGCCGCUAACAUGACACGAGUCCCGCCUCAAGACGUCAAGAAAAGGACGAAGAAAUUAUCGGAAUUCUUCCGCUCGUAUGAACCUUACGGUCACAAGGUCGGCGAGAUACAGGAGGUGCUGGUGACGGACGUGUCCCACGACAAAAACUAUUACGUGGCACACAACGAGUUCUACGAACAGGUGCUGGUGCCCAAGGAGGAGAGAUACAUGGGGAAGCUGGUUACGGUCAGAAUAACGAGCGCCUCGAAGUUCUCCAUGAUGGGACACCCUGUUGAUAAACCUAAAAUGCCCGGCUUAGUGAAACCGUUGAAGAAAGGGGAAGUGUCGGGUUAUUGGAAACAAAGCAAGGCCUCGCUUCCUGUGCCCAUACUUAUGUUACUAAUAGCCGUCGUCGCACGCUUGUUAUGGAUGUUUAUAUAGGAUUAACAAUAAAAUAGUUUACAGUUU